CCGCAUCAGACCUUUUGAAGCUCUUGUAAAGCAAAAAUGGGACGAUUCUUCUACAGCUGUCUUCUAGUGACAUUCUGUUUCCUGCUGGCUCAGGGCCAACGGAUUGCGGUCAAGAAAUGCAUCGAAUACCAAGCAGUCAGCACAGCGGAAUACUUCGCAACUGGACCAAAGCCCGUUUCGUUGCAAAGCGGCUGCCCGAGAUCGGAAAACGACCGCCCACUGCCGGGUGAAUUCCCCCAUCAGGUUCUGCUCGGCUGGCCCAAACUGGACGACCCGGACCAGUAUGACCUGCAGUGUGGUGGAGCGCUGGUCAGCGAUCGGUACGUCCUUACGGCAGCUCACUGCCUUAACCGGGAACCCCCGGCGAUCGUGAGGCUUGGCGAGCACAGUAUCCGAUCGGAGGACGCUGGUCAGGUGGACGUGCCCGUUGAGUCCACCGUUGUACAUCCCGAAUACAGUGCCAGCGCCGUCUACAAUGACAUCGCGCUGAUCAAGCUGAGUGAACCGGUCACUUUCAACCGUUUGGUUCAACCAGCCUGUUUGUGGACGGAGGAUGAGCUUAACAUGACCGUGAUCACGGCCGGAUUUGGACUGUACGAUAUCCUAGAGGGUGACGUCAUCGACCUGGCGAAAAAGGAGCCCCUGGACGUCCUGAACACUAAGCUGUGCGAAGAACAGCACGCCAACCUGGCCAAGUUCCCCCGCGGAAUCAUCGACAGCCAGCUGUGCCUGGGGGGUAACCAGCGGAAGGCCGACGUUUGCCUGACCGAUUCGGGAGCGCCCGUGCAGGUGCAGACAUCGCCGACGACCAGCUGCACCUACCACGUGGUUGGAAUCGUUUCGACGCUGGUUUGCGAUGCCGUUGAGUCACCGUCGGUUUACACCCGAGUUGCCAGCUACGUCGAUUGGAUCGAGGCGAUUGUUUGGGGGUAAUUGGUUGAGACAUUUGAGGUCCGAGUCCGGUCUGCAGUAGACUAUUGCUUUUCUAUUUCGAAUUCUUGUUGUUAUCUGUUAAAAUAUCCCAUGGUUUACAUUUACUCACACACAUGCAGCUUCGAUAUAUAUUAUGAUUUUUGAAAAGUAAAUCUUAUUAUUUUGUUA